AUGACAAUUCGAGAUUUUAAUAAAAUUAAUAAUAAAUAUGGAGAUCUUGAAUUUAUGGAACAAUAUCGAUAUAUUAAUGGGCGAAGAUAUCAUAACGUAGAAAAUAUUUAUUAUUUUUUACCAAACGAUAACGAAGAAAUCAAUAGAAUAAGUUCAUGGAUAAUAGAUGUUUCAAUAGAUUACCCAUUAUCAAAUUUUGUUGGAAUAGAUAUUACUAAUUUGUGGGAAGCAGAUAUUAAAGAAAAUUCAGCAUUAUCAAAUGUUGGAUUUUUAGAAUAUAAUUUACUUGAUGGUAUUCCAUUUCCUGAAAAAGUAAUGGAUUUUAUACAUUUUAGAUUUAUGAGUCUUUGUUUUGAUAAAAGUGCUUUAAUUAAAUUAAUUGAUGAAAUGGUAAGAGUUUGUAAAUCUAAUGGAUGGAUUGAAAUUAUGAAUUUUGAUUAUUCUCUUAUUAAUAUGGGUCCAACUACAAAAUUAUUAAUGAAUUCUAUGUUGGAAUUUCAUAAAUCAAAAGGAUGUAAUGUUCCUACUUUAAAAGAUUAUAAGAAAUAUUUAAAACAAACUAAACAAAUUACUGAUUUCCGAAUUGAAAAAAUAAUUACUCCUCUUGGAAAUUGGAGUGAAAAAAUAGGUGGUGGUACAUUAUUAGGAUUUAAUUAUUUAUUUAAAGCCUUAAAAGGAUUUCUCGCUCCCUACAUGAAAUUAGAUGAAAACCAAUAUCAACAAUUACUUCGUGAAAAUGAUCAACAAUGUGUAUCAUCAUCACAACAAGAUAAACGUUCUAUUAAACAAAUAGUGGAAGAAAUAUAUUCAAUAAUACAACCUACUUUACAACCAUUGGAUGCUUCAGAUCGAGUUAUUGUUGCAAUCAUAAAAGCAUUAAUUGCUCUAAAGAAUGAACCUUCCAAUCCCAGAACGUUAGCAACUUGUAUCCAAAAAUAUGGUUUUACUACACUUGGUACACCAUAUGCGACAGUUUCAGGACAUAUCUCAACACAUUUUACUCGUGUACGACAAGCAGCAAUAUCUCGACCAAUUCUAGGAAAAAUUCAUCAUCCUACAUUAAAAAAUAAAAUAAAUUAUUACCUUUUGGAUUCUGAUAAUGUGAUACGAGAUCUUAUAUCUCAAUAUUUCCCUUCAACGUCUGAUGAAUCAUCACAAUCAUCUAAUAAUAUAAUAACGUCAAUUAAGACGACGCCGACAAACAAGACAAUAACGACAACUAAGAUAAACAAUACAAACAAUACAAACAAUACAAACAAUAUAAAUAAUCUAAUCACGACGACGACGCCAACUAAGAUAAAUAAGAUAAAUAAUCAACCAAUUUCACCACCUGUUUCACCUAUACCACUAAAAGAUUUAAUAACGAAUAAUAUUUAUAAAAUGGACAUUAGUGAACAAUUAUUAAAAAUUGAAGAUGAUAAUUCAGUGGUAAAUCCAUUUAAACCAAUAAUCAUAAAUAAAAAGAGAAGAUCAACUGAGAAUGAUGAAAAUGAUAGAGAUUUACCUAUAUCAACAACUACAUAUGUUUUUAUCACAAAUAUUAAAGUUGAUGGUAAUGAAUUUAGAUUAAUUCGUCGCGUUGAUACAAACUGCGUUGAUAAAUGGUUAUUAUUAUUAGCUGGAAGGCAUAAACCAAGGCAAAAAGCUCAAGCAUUAGCAGCAAAAUUAAAUCUUGAACUUGGAUUAUUUCUCGAUCAAAGACUUUAUGAUUAUUUUGAUACAGAUUUAGACUUUCCAUUAUCACCAGGAAAUUGUUGUGGUCCAUUAGCUGGUUUCGCACAAUGGUUUCAAUGUGUGAAUCCUAAAAAA